AUGGUCACCUGGCACGCAGGAAGCAUCCAAAGACCUGACGAGAGAGCGCCAUGGCCACGGGCACCCACCGGCCUCCCGCCGGCCGUGUCAGCAGCUGCACUAAAGGUAAACACCCCAGUCCUCUGCUGCGCUGCAGCUCCGGCAGGGGCCGCCUCGGCGGCCGCAGCUGCCAGCACGGCCCGCAAAUCUGGCCCAGCGCCGGACGAGACUGGCACGACCACAGACGAGACCGGUGCAGGGCCCCCAUCUCCUGAUAUGGGGCCUGGGUGGAAUGCCGAGGGAGGCACGGCCCGCGGAGCCGCGUCACUGCGGGGUGGCACAAAGGAGCUGGGCAAGCCCCCUAUGAGAGCCCGCCCCAAGCCACAAGGUCCCGCAGCGGGCACCGCCCCCACCGAGCGGAGAGGGACGGGCUGCCCGCCCACUGGAGCGGGGCCGGGCGGAGCACCGACCGACACCCUGCCCCCGGCUGCCUUCACCGCCUGCGCAUGCCCAGCAGGCUGCGCAGACCCAGAGGCGGGAAACGUCCCGCCCCCGACUGUCUCCACCGACUGCGCAUGCCCAGCAGGCUGCUCAGACCUGGAGGAAGGCGAAAUCGCUCCCCCCGCUGAGGAACCCGACUCAGGGGCGGGAGAGCCCACCUCGCUCAGAGGGAAUGUGGUGGACACACCGCAGUUUGGACAACAGGCCCUGCAGGAGCGGUACCGGCUGGGAUCCCUGCUGGGACGCGGCGGCUUCGGCAGCGUCUUCGCAGCCACGCGGCUCUCGGACGGCGCCCCGGUGGCCAUCAAACGCGUGCCGCGGGAUCGCAUCCGGCACUGGGGCGAGCUGCCCGACGGCACCAGCGCACCCCUGGAGAUCGUGCUGCUGGCCAAGGUGUCCUGUGGCUGUGGCGGUGUCAUUCAGCUCCUGGAGUGGCUUGAGCUCCCCGACAGCUUCCUGCUGGUGCUGGAGCGUCCGGAGCGGUGCCAGGAGCUCUCGGGUUUCCUGGCGGAGCGGGAGUUUCUGUCGGAGGAGGAGGCGCGGGGGCUGUUCCGCCAGGUGCUGGAGGCCGUGCGGCACUGCACCAGCUGCGGGGUCCUGCACCGGGACAUUAAGCCCGAGAAUGUCCUGCUCGACCUGGCCAGCGGGCAGCUGAAACUGAUCGACUUUGGCUGUGGCGCCUUCCUCCAAGACACAGCCUACACCCAGUUUGCAGGAACCCUGUCCUACAGCCCACCAGAGUGGAUCCAGCACCAACGCUACCACGGCGAGGCAGCCACGAUCUGGUCCCUGGGCCUCCUGCUGUGCCACCUGGUCAUGGGGAAGCACCCGUUCAGGAGGGGCCAGGAGAUCAUCCGGGGGCGAAUCUUGUUCCCACGAUGGCUCUCUCGAGAGUGCCAAGAUGUUAUUAAGAGGUGUUUGUCCAUGCAACCCUCGGACAGGCCAUCCUUAGAAGAGCUUUUCUGUCAUCCUUGGGUGAAGGGUGUUUCCCUGCCCUAGAAGACUGAAGAAAUCCACGUGCACAGUUGGAUCCAGGGACCUAGCAGGGAAGGAGAAGGAGCCCCUGGAGAAGCUGUUCCAAAUGGGGCUGGUGCUGGAGACACCAAGGACAACCUCAAGGAUGAUAAUCUCUUCCUUGGCCUGGCCAGCUGAAGAUGAUGGACUUGGAUUCUGGCACCUUCUUCAAAGCCAGGCUCCAGGUCCAAU